ACACACCAUCAAAACUCUCAAGGAAUCCAAACAUUAUUGGAAGCUGAAAAAGAGGCCGCAAAAAUUGUCCAAAAAGCUAGACAAUAUCGUGUUCAACGGUUGAAAGAUGCUAGAACUGACGCAGCAAGAGCGAUUGAAGAAUUAAAAGAACAAAAAAAUAGUGAAUUUCAAAAUUUUGAGGCUGAACAUGUUGGAUCUUCGGAUCAAUCUAACGUUAAAGUUGCAGCAGAAACAGACGAAAAAUUAGUUGAAGUUCAAAAAGCUUUUGAAAAAAAUAAAAAUUCUGUCAUAGAUAAAUUAUUAUUUGCUGUUACUAAUGUUGAACCAAAAGUUCAUAUUAAUGUUAAACUUCGAAAAUAA